ACACCAGUCUUGCUCUAGCGUCUCCUAAACGAGCCGUGGACUGUGUCUCUCUGGGAAGAGCCGUUCCAAGCAGCCCUUGAGCACCAGUCUUGCUCCACCCAGAAGACACUGGUCUGAGCUUGUCAGGAAUUCACCCCCUACCUGCUGCCAGGCUUCUCAGAGGUCCCAUUUCCUGAACUAAUCCACACCGCACCUCGGAAGAUCCAGAAUAUAAGAGAAGUCUGCGAGAUCUGUCAAGGGCAGCAGCAGCACCUCCUGGUACACAGGCUCAUAGCAGUUUUAGUUCCAUCCCUGUGGAAUUGUUGGCUGCUUCAUUGCCACCUGUAGAUCUAACAUUGGAGCUUCUCAGGAAAAGUCAUGGCCUCAGCCUCCAGGACCAAAAGGAUGAAAGAGAUGGCUGCCUGCUCCAUCUGCCUGAACCUGAUGACAGAGCCAGUGAGCAUCAACUGUGGACACAGCUACUGCCAGAAGUGCAUGAAGCAGUACCUUUCCCAGAUACGCAGAAAUCAGGUGCAGAAGAUGUUUGUCUGUCCUCUGUGUCGGGCCCCAUUUCAUAUCACUAGCCUCCGGUCCAACAAGCAGCUGGGAGAACUCAUAGAGCUCAUCAAGGAGAUGGAGGACUCAGAGCAUGAGCUGCUGUGUGAGGACCAUGGAGAGCAGUUCCAGCUCUUCUGUGAAGAUGACGGCCAGCUCAUCUGCUGGCGCUGUGAGCGGGCACCGCAGCACCAAGGGCACACCACAGCUCUAGUAGAAGAUGUGUGCCAGGACUACAAGGAAAAGCUGAAGAAUGCUUUGACAAAAUUGAGUCAAUUUGAAGAAGAAUACAUGAAUCAGAAAGCAUUCAUGGAAAUGCAAAUAACUAAAUGGAAGGCUGAGAUAGAAACUCGAAGACAAAACAUCAAGUCUGACUUUAACAGUCUCCAUGAGUUUCUACGUACGGAGGAGAAAUCAUAUCUCUGGAGGCUGGAAAAAGAAGAAGACCAGAUGCUGAUGAGAAUGAGGGAGAGUGAAGCCAACCUACAGCAGAAGUGUGAUGAGCUCAAGAGCCACAUCCUGGUACUGGAGGAAAAAUGUCAGAGCUCAGCCCAGAAAGUACUACAGGAUGUGAAAGAAACCUUGAGCAGGACUUGUGCUGUGAAGCUGGAAGCUCCUGAGGUCUUUUCCUUGGAGGUUCAGACUGCGUGUGAUGUUGCUGAGCUUUACUUGGAUGUGAAGGCGAUGUUAAGACGCCAUCAAGUUGGUGUGACCCUGGAUCCAGAUACAGCUCAUCCUCACCUAUAUCUGUCUAAGGAUCGGAGACAAGUGUCUCGGGGAUACAGCCAACAGAAUCUUGAAGUUUCUUCCAGGAGGUUUACAGCCUUCCCCUGUGUCCUGGGCUGUGAGGGCUUCACCUCAGGAAGACACUACUUCGAAGUGGAUGUUGGAGAAGGAACAGCUUGGGAUGUGGGAGUCUGUAUGGAAAAUGUAGAGCGGGGCCUUGGCAUGAAGCAGGAGCCUGAGCUUGGAUUCUGGGCCAUCCGGCUGUGCCCGGAGAAUGGCUAUGCAGCACUGACCUCUCCCCCAACUGCCCUUGAGCUGCAGGAGCAACCCCUGGUGGUGGGGAUUGUUCUGGACUAUGAGGCUGGAACUGUGUCCUUUUACAACAUGACCACUGGCUCCCACAUCUUCACCUUCCCGAAGGCUUCCUUCUCUGAUACCCUGCGGCCCUUUUUCCAAGUUUAUCAGUACUCACCUUUGUUCCUGCCUUCAUGCAAUGAAUAAGUAAAGCAGCAAAAUCUCCUUGUUUUAAACCGACAGAAAAGUAGAGCCCAUAAAAGGCAGAAAUUUGGUCAUUUUUCUUCACUACUAUUUCUUCAGUACCUAGAACAAGGCUGGAUUUUUAGAAGAUAUUAAAGAUAUCUGUAUUGAAUUAAUGGCUGUAAAGGCUGUAAGAAUAGCAUAGAUGGUCAGCCUGAUUGAGAGGAAAGCAAGAUAACGUGAUAUGUCAUCAUCCUCUGACUCUCUCUCCACUGGAUUCCAUUCUCUGAUUUGUGGUCAUCAUUGGUGGAUGAUUUGGGUGACUUUGAGGCAAAGAGGCCUGUAUUUCUUCACCUUUUUUUGAGCUGUUUAAAUUAGCGUGUGGGAAAUGAAAGAACGCCAUUCCAGGAAAGAGCAGGAAAAUCAAAAUAGCAGUGGCUUCCCAACCACAGAUAUAUUGAUUAAUAAUAUCCACUAUAAUCCUGGAUGGACCUAUAAUUCUGCCACCUUGUGAGCUUCCCUGGGAAAUCACCAAGUAAUGUGAGAGAAAAGAAAAACUAUUUACUGAGAGAUGCAUCAAAUAGAAAGUGGAAUGUGACUAAAUCAUUGAUUUUCAUAGGGGAUUUAAUUCUGGAAAAGACAAAGAAUUUAGCAUUUUCCAGAUUGUGCUGCAGUUAUCUGUUUUGAAAUGUAUUCACAUUCCCAUAAAUAGUAUUUGGUGGAAUAAUUGUCAGCACUCUUUGUUCUGACUCAGAUAUGGCAAAAUAGUAGGUUUAUCAUGAAAACUGAAAUCAAUUUUACAUGGUCAUAUAUAAGUGGGCUAAUGACAGGACCAUAGUGAAGUCUGCCAAAGGACAAAUAAUAUUAGUAUUGAUGAUUAAAGUCCAAAGUCACUGAAUAUUACAAUAAUUUGUUGCUCAUGUAAAAUUGAGGUUUGCUGAUAUUGUUGAAGUCCUCUGGAGAAUUAAGAAAUUAAGGAGAAAUUAAGCCAGAGCUGUUUCUGGAUAUCAGAGGCAUGCUGGGGCCUCCAUCUCUGUCCAGAGAGACCUAGAAGAGGUCAGACCAUCAGCCCAAGCUCCCAGUAUAAGGAGUCUUCCUGGUCACGCUGGUGGAGGCAGGGCUGUGAGUAUCAAGUGAAGCAUCCCAUAAUCUGUUUUCCUAACAGAAGUAUUUCAGCACUGGAUUAUUUUGAGCUGAAAACAGCUGAAAAAAAAAAAAAA